GGGUUCUGGUGGAGCCCGCAGCAAGAUAUAAACUUGACUGGUAAGUCAGGGGGUAGGGAGCCUUCUACUGCCCUUUUGGCCCCAGAAACUUUGGUGUCUUGGUGGGAUUGAGGCUGCUGGCAUCUGAGGACGGCAGCCAGAGCAAUCUGCACUAUUCCAGCCAUCAUCGACACAAUAUUACCACAUACACACACGCACACAGUCAUUUAGUCACCCCCAACCUAUCCCACUAAUGCCCUGUAACUUCAGCCCAGUGGCUGGAUGGCUGAGUCUUGGGAGCUGUACAUUCAGGACCACAGACAGAUCCUUUUGCCUUCUUCUAGCCCCUAUUGGUCCCGCUGGCUAUGUCCCCUGGACAGCGUCUCCUCCCCAACUGGGCGGGGGCUUCAGGGACAUGCAGAUAGCUUUUCCUGAGGCUGGGAAAGGCGAGGGCACUCCUCUCAAGGGCUGGUCCCCACAGCUGAAAUAACAGCUAUUUUUUACCAUCCACCCUCACCACCCACCCACCCACCUCCCCACGCUUUCGCUUUCCCUCUCCCUCCCUCUCUCUCUCUCUCUCUCUCUCUCUCUCUCUCUCUCUCUCUCUCUCUCUCUCUCUCUCACACACACACACACACACACACACACACACACAGAGGCGCGCACACGCACGCACACAGUCCGGUUGCCACCUCUCUGAUUCUCUUUCGCCUGGAUCCUCCCCAGACAGCCAAGCAUCCCGGAACCCUCCACUCCCGCCAUAGGGGCCAUGCCCCACACAGAAUCAAGCCCCGAGGCCCGAGAGGAAUGAGAGGAGUCCCAGGGACUCUGGGGAGGACCAGGAGAUGCUGGCAAGCCCGGUGGAGCCCGCCCCCCUCGGAGGGGAAUAGACAAGGCGGCGGGCUGGAGAGAGACCAUUCCCGGACAAGCAGCACCAGUCCUAGCCUUGCCAAAGCCCCAGGCAAGGGAAGAAGCUGCUUGUUUGAAGAGCUUGCCCUGGGAUCUCCAAGGGUAACAGCCUGCUCCAGCUGUCUAGCUGUGGGGUAAUUCAGCUCCCUCCCAUCCCCGCCCUGGACCCCCGCCCUCCACUUCUUCCCCCCACCCCCCAAUCUACCAGCGUACCAUGAAGAAUUAUGAGGAUGUGUGACAGAGGUAUCCAGAUGUUGAUCACCACAGUGGGAGCUUUCGCUGCGUUUAGUUUAAUGACCAUUGCGGUGGGCACAGACUACUGGCUGUAUUCCCGAGGCGUAUGUAGGACUAAGUCUACAAGUGAUAACGAAACCAGUCGGAAGAACGAGGAAGUCAUGACCCAUUCAGGGCUUUGGAGGACCUGCUGCCUGGAAGGUGCUUUCCGAGGGGUAUGUAAGAAAAUUGACCAUUUCCCUGAAGAUGCAGACUAUGAACAAGAUACAGCCGAGUAUCUGCUGAGAGCUGUCAGAGCAUCCAGCGUCUUUCCUAUCCUCAGUGUGGGACUGCUGUUCUUCGGGGGUCUCUGUGUGGCCGCCAGCGAGUUCUACAAAAGCAGGCACAAUGUCAUUCUCAGUGCGGGGAUAUUUUUUGUAUCUGCAGGGUUAAGUAACAUCAUCGGGAUUAUAGUUUAUAUCUCAGCAAAUGCUGGAGACCCUGGCCAAAGUGACUCCAAAAAAAGUUACUCCUACGGCUGGUCCUUUUAUUUCGGAGCCUUAUCUUUCAUCAUCGCAGAAAUUGUGGGUGUCAUCGCCGUGCACAUAUACAUUGAGAAGCACAGGCAGAUCCGUGCCAAGUCACAUUCCGAGCUGCUGAAGAAAUCCACCUUCGCCCGCCUCCCACCCUACAGGUACAGGUUCCGGAGGCGAUCCAGCUCCCGGUCCACAGAACCCUGCUCCCGAGACCUGUCCCCUAUCAGCAAAGGCUUCCACACCAUCCCUUCCACUGACAUCUCUAUGUUCACCCUCUCCCGGGAUCCCUCCAAGGUCACAAUGGGGACCCUCCUCAACUCCGAUCGAGAUCAUACGUUUUUACAGCUCCACAACUCCAUUCCCAAAGAGUUCAAGGAGUCACUGCACAAUAACCCUGCCAACAGGCGCACCACACCUGUCUGAGUGGACCUUGGCCCUCUGCCCUCUGCCCAGUCUUUCCCAUGCCCAGUGCAGCCUUUGGGGGAAGUGUACAGAGGUGUCUGUCAGAUUGCAUGGCAUAGUCCCCGUGAUGGUAUUACCAGUGAAACCCUUGUUUAUAAAGAAUAAAACCAAAUGGGCCUCAGCCCUACCCCACCCCCCCACCAGUCUUUAUUCCUCGGCCCUCCUUUCUGAGACAGUUUCCCUUUCUGAGGUCCCAGCCUGGAAGCCAGCCCUACAUGACCAAUCACUUUCUGGGUCUCUCAGUGCCAGAUGUUCCCUCCUCUUCCUUCAUUGGCUAGAAAGAUCUUGGCCUUCUUUUCCUCUUCAUCAGAAAGGACCCGGAGGAGUCCCAAAUGGAUUGGGUGAGGGCUCCAUCAAUCAUGUGAAUAGGUGUAUAUCCCUAUCAUCCAUCCACACUGAGCCUCUGCAGAUCCAGUGACUUGGGAAUCCCACCCCAGGGGGAAUCAUUAACCUGAUAGUUACAUGUUACAAGAAAUUGCCUAGAAAUCAAGAACGUUCAAGCACUGACACGGCUAAUGUCAUGAGCGCUUGUGUUAUUAAAAAUGUUGCCUUGUUGUAACCAA